AUGACGUGGAGGCAAAUGGCUAGCGUUGCCACGAUCGAAAGUUUAUCCUCGAAGGAUUCCAUGUACCCAGUGCCCAGGACGACGUUGAUCACCAAACACAGCUCGACACCCUUACAGACAUGUUUGGUUCUUCACCCCUUCCAAGUUCCAGGUACACUUCCCCCACCCUUGCCGCCUCCGCCUCGACUCCAGCAAAGCCGACCUUCAUCGUCGUUGAGUUCCAGCGUAGUCUCUCCCUCUAAACCCAAUGACGACAUAAUGUCCCUGUUCGGUCCCUCCUCACUCGAUCGGCAGUCCCCUGUCCCUGACCUUUUUGCGAUAAGCCCGUCGAACAAAGAAAUCGGCAAUUCGUCUCUAUCAUCUGCAAUACAACCACUCCCCGUCAAGAAUGCGACACCACCCGCAGGUUCUAGUAACGUACAUUCGACUCCCACGAACGAUACAUGGCCCUCGUUCGAUUUCUUACCGCCUGCUACAGCGAAACCUCAAAGCCAUGUUCCACCAACUAAACGAAAGAUUGCUGCUAUUAUGUCUCAAACGCCCUCAGCAUCAGUACCCAACAUUUCCGCGGGGCUAGUGCCCAACUUGCCUGGGAAAUUACCAUUUGCGAGUCCUCAACGUUUCGGAAAACCUACAGCCGCAGCCAUCCCAUUCCUUCCGCCACCUCCAUCAUCGCGCUCUCACACUCCGCAUCAACAACCUACACCUGCUGCAAAACUAAUCUUGGAAGACGAUGACGACGAUUUCUCGGAUUUCUUGUCGUCCCCUUCCCAAGCCACCCUUUUGCCUCCGUCGUUUGGCUCGACCGCUACAUCUGUGUUUUCAGAACCAAUCCGGCCAAGCAGUAUCUCAACACCCCUCGAUGACUUCGAUGCUCUCAUCAAGCCCACAAAGACCUCCUCAUUCCCUCCGCCACCUCCCACAAAGCCUCUACAGUUCAAUCCUAGAAUACCACCGAGCAAAUAG